CGGGGCACUGAGCUCGGCGGGCGCCGCUGGGGGCGGGUGGCGCGGUGAGGAGCCCCGCCAAGUGUGGCGCAGCUGUGGUGUGGUGUGGCGCUUCCCUCUAGCCACGAGCCGAAGGUUGCAUGAUGGAAUUUGAACAUUACUUCAAGAGUUUUCAUAUUUUGGAUUAGUUAAUUGUGCUCAUCCUCUGUUGAUUAUUUCUUCGGACUCAUUUUUUGGUUUUUUUGGUGCCCUUUUGAGUCACUUAAACGCAAAGAAAUUAUAUCAUGGACUACAAGGAAAACUGCCCAAGUGUAAGCAUUCCCAGCUCUGAUGAACACAGAGAGAAAAAGAAGAGGUUUACUGUUUAUAAAGUUCUGGUCUCUGUAGGGAGGAGUGAAUGGUUUGUCUUCAGGAGAUAUGCAGAGUUUGACAAACUUUACAACACUUUGAAGAAGCAAUUUCCUGCUAUGGCCCUGAAGAUUCCUGCCAAGAGAAUAUUUGGUGAUAAUUUUGAUCCAGAUUUUAUUAAACAAAGGAGAGCAGGACUGAAUGAGUUCAUUCAGAACUUAGUCAGAUACCCAGAGCUUUACAACCAUCCAGAUGUCAGAGCAUUCCUUCAAAUGGAUAGCCCCAAACAUCAGUCAGAUCCAUCUGAAGAUGAGGAUGAAAGAAGUACUCAGAAGCUACACUCUACCUCACAGAACAUCAACCUGGGACCAACUGGAAAUCCUCAUGCAAAGCCAACUGACUUUGAUUUUUUAAAAGUUAUUGGAAAAGGCAGCUUUGGCAAGGUUCUUCUUGCAAAACGGAAACUGGAUGGAAAAUUUUAUGCUGUCAAAGUAUUACAGAAAAAAAUAGUUCUCAACAGAAAAGAGCAAAAACAUAUUAUGGCCGAACGUAAUGUACUCUUGAAAAAUGUGAAACAUCCAUUUUUGGUUGGAUUACAUUAUUCUUUCCAAACAACUGAAAAACUUUAUUUUGUUCUGGAUUUUAUUAAUGGAGGGGAGCUGUUUUUUCACUUACAAAGAGAACGGUCCUUUCCUGAACACAGAGCAAGGUUUUAUGCUGCUGAAAUUGCCAGUGCAUUGGGUUACUUGCACUCCAUCAAAAUAGUGUACAGAGACUUAAAGCCAGAAAAUAUUCUUUUGGAUUCAGUGGGACAUGUUGUCUUAACAGAUUUUGGGCUUUGUAAAGAAGGAAUUGCUAUUUCUGAUACUACCACCACAUUUUGUGGGACUCCAGAGUACCUUGCACCUGAAGUAAUCAGAAAACAGCCCUAUGACAACACUGUGGAUUGGUGGUGCCUUGGUGCUGUUCUGUAUGAAAUGCUGUAUGGAUUGCCUCCUUUUUACUGCCGAGAUGUUGCUGAAAUGUAUGAUAAUAUUCUUCACAAGCCUCUAAGUUUGAGGCCAGGAGUGAGCCUCACAGCCUGGUCCAUUCUGGAAGAACUCCUAGAAAAAGACAGACAAAAUCGACUUGGGGCCAAAGAAGACUUUCUUGAAAUUCAGAAUCAUCCUUUUUUUGAAUCACUUAGCUGGACUGACCUUGUACAAAAGAAAAUUCCACCACCAUUUAAUCCUAAUGUGGCUGGACCAGAUGAUAUCAGGAACUUUGAUACAGUAUUUACAGAGGAAACUGUUCCAUAUUCUGUAUGUGUAUCUUCUGACUAUUCUAUAGUGAAUGCCAGUGUACUGGAGGCUGAUGAUGCAUUUGUUGGUUUUUCAUAUGCACCUCCUUCAGAAGACUUAUUUUUGUGAACAAUUUGCUAUUCAGAAACUGUCAUGCAAAUAUAAGACUGCGGAUGGGACUGAGACUGCUAUUUUGUGAAUAUAUUCAAAUAUGUAUAACAGUGCCUCAUUUUUACAUGUAAUGUUAAAAACUAUGAAAAAUGUAUUUUCUGCUGUAUGCAAGAAAAUAGGGCAUUUCAAAGAGCUGUUUUGGAUUAAAUUUGUAUUCUUGUUUAUUAAGCUUAUUUUUAAACAGAAAAUUUAAAAACUGUUAUUCUUAGCAUUAACCUAUUUUUGAAGAAAACUUUUUUGCUAUUGACUGUUCUUUUUCCCUCUUAAGUUUACACUAACACCCAAGAUAGACUGUUUUGUAGCAGUCUAUUUCAGUUCAGUUAACUUAUAUUAAUACCUUUGUAAUUCUACUACAACUUUUGUUAUCAAAUCAAAACUAUGCAAUUGGUACAUGGUUGUUUAAGAAGAAACCGUAUCUUUCCAUGAUAAAUCACUAUUUGAAAUAAUCGGGUCGUGGUAGGGUAAAAAUGUAAAAGCAUAAUUAACAUAUUGGCUGCUAGUUAACACUGUUAAUAACUGUUCAUUUUGCUGAUAAUAAAAUAAGUAACAAAGUAGUAAAAAAUGAAAUCAUUUGCUUUUGAAAUACCAGUUCAAAUUUUUGAAUUAUUUUUUCUCUACAGGGAAAUUAAAAAUGGUUUAAAAUUUUAAGGAUUCCCAAAGAUUUGGAGGGUAAUAAAGUACUGCCAGAAUUUAUUUUUAGGUGGUGCCAAAAAGCAACCAUAUGUCAUGUAUUUAUAUUACAAAUAUAUUCUAUUUAUGUUC